CACGCACCACCACCUGGUUGGUGUCACUCUUCUCCCUGUGUCUCUUGCUGUAACAUCUAGUCAAUUCUUUGUCAUUCUUUCCAACUCUCUCACAUCGACACUCUCGUUAACGAUUGCUGUACAAUUCACCUGAAGGGGUUGAUACCUCCAUUGGACCUUGCACUUCUGACCUGUGCAGACCUCUUGUUUGGAGCAGUCAUCAGUCGAUCUUCGACGCACGCCAACGUCACUCACUGUCUCCAGAACCCAGGGUGAAAAGGCGUUCAGAAUGUCAAAUGAAGAUGCAACUGAAUCGGCUCCGUCGUCUCGAGGGUCGUCAGAAGUGUCCGAAUCUCAACAGAACAGUACAACCAGAAAGACCAGUUCUGCAAAGAAGUCCUCCAAGGUGUCUAAACCUCGACUGACGGCUUCCCAAAAGAACUUCAACCACAAAGAUGCUGAGAACAAGCGUAGAACCGCCAUCCGGGAGCGCUUCACCGAGUUAUCGCACAUGGUUCCGGGGGCCAUGGGCCAAGAACGUAGUGAACAAGUCAUGCUCGGCAAGACCGCUGAUUACCUCAAGGACAUGUUACUUGAGCAACGGAGGCUGGAAGCGUUGGCCGACGAUCAAGGAAUCCAAAUGGAUGAGGCUGGAAGACUGAGGGAUGACGAUUUGGGAGGACAACAAUGGAGGGGCCGAAACAUGGAGCAAUACGAAGCCAGUAAGCUCAAACAGGAAUCUGGAAAGGGACAGAAUUCCGGCAAUGAUGAUAAUGAUUGAUACGUCGAUCAAUACCUCUCCUAGCAUGGAGGGACUGUCGCCAAUGGUUCAUUCUAUGCACGCUGAGUCCUAACAACAAUUGAGGACGUCCAAGCCAUGCCGUAUUUGAGUGGACGAGUACCAAAAGAACAAGGGCUGUUGAUGAUGAUGAUAUCGCGAAGACUUAAUGUGACAACAAGGCUGUUCUACCGCACCUCUUUUGGAAGACUGCCCACCGCUAUUCGAGCAGUGACUGAAAG